GGUGGAAAUUACCUGAGAAAAAAACUGACCCUAAACUUAAGUGCUCCCACCCUAUUUGCGUAUGAAGGGCGGUCCCGGAAGUCUUCCGGGAAGAAGUUGAGUCACGAACGGAGCAUAAAGGCCGAAGCUGCUCCGGAUCGAAUCCAGAGUCCUGCAGAGCUGGAUAGUUUUCUCGCGGAAAGCGCCGCGGCGGCAGAACUUCUCCAGAGUACGCAACUGCAGGAGAAGUUAAGGGAAAAGAAAACCGGACGCCGAGUUGGCUAUUUUCUGCCCGAAACUGGACAUGAUUGUGCCAGCCGUGUUUUUAUUUUCUCUCUUGGCUUUCAGUCAAGCAGCCAAUCCUUGCUGUUCAAAUCCAUGUCAAAACCGAGGUGUGUGCAUGACAAAAGGUUUUGAUCAAUAUGAAUGUGACUGUACACGGACUGGUUUUUACGGGGAAAAUUGCACUACACCGGAAUUUUAUACUUGGCUCAGACUUAAGUUAAAGCCUGCUCCAGACACAGUACACUAUAUACUCACACACUUCAAAGCCAUCUGGGAUAUAAUCAACAACAUUCCAUUCCUCCACAAUGCCAUAAUGAGAUACAUUCUAAUGUCCAGAUCCCACUUAAUUGAAAGCCCAUCAACAUAUAAUGGCCAUUAUGGUUACAAAAGCUGGGAAGCCUACUCCAAUCUUUCCUACUAUACUCGAGCUGUUCCACCAGUGGAGCAUGACUGCCCCACCCCAAUGGGCGUAAAAGGCAAGAAGGAGCUUCCAGAUUCAAAAGUAAUUGUAGAAAAAUUCUUACUAAGGAGAAAAUUCAUUCCCGAUCCUCAAGGCACAAAUGUCAUGUUCACCUUCUUUGCCCAGCAUUUCACUCACCAGUACUUCAAGACAGAUACUCAGAAAGGACCAGCCUUCACAAAAGGUCUUGGACAUGGGGUUGAUCUUAGUCACAUCUAUGGAGAGACUUUGGACAGGCAGAUGAAACUAAGACUUCUUAAGGACGGAAAGCUAAAAUUUCAGAUGAUUGAUGGAGAAAUGUAUCCACCUACUGUGAAAGAAACUCAGGCAGAAAUGAUCUAUCCACCUCACAUCCCUGACCACCUGAAAUUUUCUGUAGGACAGGAGGUCUUUGGCUUGGUUCCAGGACUGAUGAUGUAUGCCACAUUGUGGCUCCGGGAACACAAUCGGGUCUGUGACAUUCUUAAGAGAGAACACCCAGAAUGGGAUGAUGAACAACUAUUUCAGACUGCCAGACUGAUCUUGAUAGGAGAAACCAUCAAGAUUGUGAUUGAAGAUUAUGUGCAACAUUUAAGUGGAUACCAUUUCAAACUGAAGUUUGAUCCAGAACUUCUCUUCAACCAGCGAUUUCAAUAUCAGAACAGAAUAGCAUCAGAGUUCAACACUCUCUACCACUGGCAUCCUCUUCUGCCCGAUACCUUUCAAAUCCAGAACCAAGAAUACACUUACCAGCAGUUCCUGUAUAACAAUUCCAUUAUGUUAGAACACGGCCUUUCUCACAUGGUGCAGUCUUUCUCCAAGCAAAAGGCUGGAAGGGUAGCUGGGGGUAGGAAUGUUCCCGCUGUAGUGCAGAAAGUAGCUAAAGCUUCUAUUGAUCAAACUCGGCAGAUGAGGUACCGAUCCUUGAAUGAAUACCGAAAGUACUUUCUGCUGAAACCUUUUACAUCAUUUGAAGAACUUACUGGUGAAAAAGAAAUGGCUGCAGAACUUGAAGAGCUCUAUGGAGAUAUUGAUGCUAUGGAACUGUACCCUGCUCUUCUUGUUGAAAAGCCACGUCCUGGAGCCGUCUUUGGUGAGACCAUGAUUGAACUUGGGGCACCCUUCUCCUUGAAAGGUCUUAUGGGAAAUGCCAUCUGCUCACCUGAAUACUGGAAGCCAAGUACUUUUGGGGGUAGAGUGGGCUUUGACAUUGUGAAUACAGCCUCCCUCCAAAGCCUCAUCUGCAAUAAUGUGGAGGGCUGUCCCCUCACAGCCUUCCAUGUCAUCAGCUCUGAAACAGUGGCAACAAAUAACGUCAGCACCUCCAGCAGGUCGAUAGAUGAAAUCAGCCCUGCCGUACUACUCAAAGAGCGGUCGGCCGAAUUGUAGAAAUAAGCACUGUUUGUGUAUUUAUUUAUUAAUUUAUUUAUAUAACAAUAUUUAUUUAUGCUUCAAACAAAACCACCAUGGAGCUCUGUAUAUUUUCCUGUGCCCUGGCAUCUAAUUCAGGAUGUCUGACUUGAAGGGAGUUCUGCUUAGAUUUGCAGGACAGGAUUUCUUCAUUGUCUUCUGUACCAGAAUGAGAUAUUCCAAAAUGGAUCAAGGGCUUCAGAUUUGCUGCUUUAAAUACAAACAAUAACCUUGAGUGUUUUUUCAACUUGGCAUCACGAUGUUAAAGCAGGUUAAGCGUUAUUAAUUCAACAUUGAAAAGGUAUUUAAAUAGCUAGCUAAUUCCUUCAAGGAAGGGCCUUACCAAAUGAAUGAGGAAUAAAAAAGAAGAGUAGGGAGUUGGCCAAGGUUAUGCAUUUUUACAAUACUACCGAACAAAAAUUUAGGAGGUAAAAUGUCUAAAUUGGCCUCUGUGUUAACUGAUAUAAAAUCAGGAAGUGGAAAAUGAAUUUUCACAAGCAAUUUUAUAUAAGAAACUGUAAGAUUUUGAAAACUGACAAUUUUCUGGCAAACUGAUUUCAUUUCCUGAGUAGUCUCAUCUCAGUUAAGCAAAAGUAUUAUCCUCUACUCUUAAAGAAAAGGCCUUAGUUUUUGAUUCAGUUCCCAUAUAUUUCCUUAUUAAAUGAAUAGGAACAAGUAACCCCCACCCCCCAAAAAUACAAUUUGUUUUU